AAGUUUUUUUCUGGUUGUUACUUUGUCAUGUUUUAAUAUUGAUGCUGUUUUACUGUUUGAGGUCCUGAGCAGGUGAAGAAAGACAAACAUCUGCCCACCUGAGGGAUGAAAUCUGACCUGAAAGACACACAAACAGACCCUCAGGUGUGUCCGCGCGUCAGAGGCUGUUGUGACUGCAGACCGCAGCAUCAGGAGAGUCUUCAGGCAUCCUUCUGAUGCUACAGUCCUUCUGUUCAGCCCGGCACGCACGCGCGCGCACAGGGUUGUAUAAUCAGGAGCGGUAUGGGCGCGCGCGCCUGCAGCCUUGAACCCCUGCAGUGACGCUCGCGGCGCUGACGUCAUCACGCACAUGAAAAGAAGUGAACUUCACUUGCGCAAAGCUCGAGCCAAGGCUGCGCUGCGAUUGGCUGCGCGCGCCGCCUCGCUCUGCCCUCGUGCGCUCCUCACGCGCUGGCUCCAAGAGGCGACGCGCACCUGGAGGGAGCCGCAGCUCCGACAGCCUGAUGGUUGGAUCAUCUGCAGGUGCUGCACCGUGCGCACCUUUAGUUGAAGAAGGAGCCAUCCUGCACCAAGGAUCACAGCAAUGCACGAGUCCACAGAAGUCCGAACGGACGGCAACUCCCUGCUGAAGGCUGUUUAUCUGAGUCGACUCCGCCUCACUCGGCUGCUCCUGGAGGGAGGGGCUUACAUUAAUGAGAGCAAUGAGCAUGGCGAGACGCCGCUCAUGGUGGCCUGUAAGACUCAGCACACGGACACCUUGAGUGUCCCCAAACACAGGAUGGUCCGGUAUCUUCUGGAAAGUGGCGCUGAUCCGAACAUUCAGGACAAGACAGGGAAAACGGCUCUGAUGCACGCAUGUCUAGAACAGACGGGGACUGAGAUCGUGUCGCUCCUGCUAAGCAAUGGUGCUGAUCCAACCCUUGAGGAUCAUGCUGGCGUGUCAGCGUUAGUUUAUGCCGUCAACUCGGGCAACAGGGACAUCCUCGACGUGAUCCUGGAUGCCUGUAGGGCAAAGGGAAAGGAGGUCAUCAUCAUCACCACCAACAAAACGCCUUCAGGCCAACAAAAGACAAAGCAGUACCUGAAUGUUCCUCCACCUCCUGAGCUGGAAGGACGCCUGGUUCACACCUCAGCACCUAGCUGCCUGACGCCCAACGACGUCCAUCUACCAUCUUCCUCACAGGGACACUUGGUAGCCUCUGCCCCACAACCCGGCAGUCCUGUUCUUGGCCUUAGAGAUCCCCAGUCUUUAGAUUUUGGGUUGUGCAAGUUUUUAUCUCGACCUGGUUCUCCAACCAAACAAUCUAGCCCUUUCUGUGUUCCUGGGGCAGACAAGAGAUCUAAUCUCCUCAGGCUCCACUCAGAACUGGGAUGUAAGAGUCCUUCACUGUUGCUGCAGAGUCAGAGCACCUCACUGAUAGAAGAGCCUCUGGAAAUGAUACCUCAGGAGGAGAUCUUCUUCAAAGUCAAUGACCUGAUCACACAAAGAAGACUGGCAGUUUCACGUCACCACAGCAUUGAUGUGAAAGACGCAGCAGGGCUACAGAAGGCUCUAGAAAACAUGCUAUCUAAUGAGUCCAAGGGAGGAGGGGGAAGGAGAGGCUUGGGGAGGAAAAUGUCCUACGACAGCGCUGCUAGUUCUUUGCAUUCUGCUUCCCACCCAAACUUACAUCAAGACAGCCUCCCGUUUGCCCAUGAAUCCAGCCCAGUGAAUGAGGGAUCCUCUGAUAGUCUCAGACAGUUGACUGUUUCCAGUCUGCAAAAUGUGGUUCAUCGCAGAAACAUCGGCAUCGACCACUACAGCUCGGACUCCCAACUGCUGCAGGUCGGGAACCGAGACAGACUGGUGAAAAGCAGUGCUGGAGCUGGGUCAGGACCAGAGAGGCAUAAGCUGAUCAACAGCAGACCCUCCACUCUGUCAGGAUCCAGGGAGUCCCUGGAGAGCUCGGUCCAGCAGAGGCGUGGUGCUGGACUAGAGCGAAGAGGCUCAGGAGCUCUUCUCCUGGAUCACAUUGCUCAUACUCGCCCGGGGUACCUCCCCCCUCUGAACCCCCAUGUUCCCAUUCCCAAUAUCGGUGUAAGCUCCAGUUCCACGUACCCAGUGAGUGGAAGUAAGAAGACCCUCAGCGCUGUUCUGUCCAAACCAGUGGUUCCGUGUGCACCUGGUUUUCCACCAGACCUGAAGGCCAAGAAGAUGCUGUGGAGACGCCACUCCAUGCAGAGCGAACAGAUCAAACAACUGGCCAAUUUUGAGGAAACAUUUGGGCGCUAGGAGACUGUAUGACAUCUCUACGGAUGGAAAGAACUCCGUCAAACAAACCUGUGAAAGGAACUCCAGUACCAAUGCCACUUCAUUUGUGCUUUAAGGCUAAAUGCAGUAUUGAUGUUCUGAUUAUGUGCAAUUUAACAUUUUACUCACAAAUUUCCAGCUUCACAGGUUAGAGCCUAACAAUUUUAAAGCAAAGUGGCCAAACCCA